AUGGGCAGCCCACUACCAAACCGACGAUCCACACUUCAAAAUUGGGCGCGAGAGUAUGAGACCAAUGAUCCCAAAUUCCGAGUAAGCUGGCUGCUCGGUCUGAGACCCGCGCUGCGCCGCACGAGAAGGAGGGGUCCCAGAUUACGGAAGAGUGUCGAGGGUGCCGAGAGCCAGGAAGUGUCGUCUUCCGACGAUGAGAGCGCCGACGAUGCUUCGGGUAAAUAUGAUACGUUCAUCGGCGUGGCUAUGAUGUUUGGGGACGAGCCAUACGAGGAGGAAAGCAGCGAUGAGGAGGAGGCCCAGGAACAGGCUCCAGCACAGACGGACCAGGAGCCCCCUGUGCUUGCUACGCCUGAGUUUCUCGAACUGUGCACCAAGAUGGAGGAUCUUCUUGCUGAGAUAGAACAAUCUUCGGCUGAGGAUGACGAUGACAAUGAGUCUAUUGACGGACUUUCUCCCGAGGAGCGAGAAGACGAAUCAUCAUCUAGAAUGGAGUGGUUACGUCAAAAGACUGUCGAAAAGGCAGAGAACAAGUAUCUUGACAGGAUCAUGUCCUUGCCGGGGCUCGAAGAUGUAAAGGCCAUGUUCUUGCACGCCAAAGCCAAGAUUCAGGCAUCGACAAGAAGGGAAACUUGCCUGAAAAAGGAGAACUUCGAUGUAUGCUUCACCGGAGGCCAAGGCACGGGCAAAUCGACAUGUGCAAACCUGUACGCCAAGUUCCUAGUCUCAAUCGGUCUUUUCAAGCCUCCCGCUGGAAACACCGGCAUCCACAAGGCAUCGUCGUAUUACUUUGCGAAGACAUCUACUUUGGAGAGCAUGCGCCAGAUAUCUGCUACAUGUGGAGGUUGUGUCGUGGUGCUUGAUGAUGCCCAUUUAAUCGAUAAGGACGAUUACAACUUGUGGAGUUUCUUCACCAGAGCAAAAGAGCUCCCGGGCACCAUUGUGAUCGUUCUGGCUGGCGAUGCAGAGGCCGGGUUGACGGAUCAGCUCACCCACCGUGCUGUUGUUGAACACCACUUCCCUGUUUACAAGCUGCCGAACUAUUCUGAGGAAUUGCUCCGUUCCAUUUUCCACGGCAUGGUACGGAAGUGGUUCAACAAGAAGAUGAAGCUCGCUGGAGAGGUCGAUGAUUUAUAUGUCAAGAUUCUCAUCCGCAGAAUUCUCCGUGGCACAUCAGAAAAGAGCUUUGCAAACAUCUGGCCGUUGAAGAAGGCAUUCGUCGAGGCUUGCAAACGUCAGGUUGAACGAUUUCACCACGCGAGGAGGGAAGGACUGUAUCUUGAGGAUUAUUUCUUGAACAAGGAGGAUCUCUUGGGCAAGCCACCAUGCCUCAAACCCGAGAAGAGUUCGGCGUGGAAGGAGCUUCAGGGGUUACUUGGACUGGAAAACGUCAAGCAAUCAAUCCUCUCGGUGGUCCAUCAAGUCAACCAAAACUACGAGCGGGAAAUGAAGGGGCUGGAACCUCUCUAUGCCUCGGCCAAUCGUGUCUUCUUAGGGAGCCCGGGUACGGGGAAAACUACCGUUGCAAAGCUCUACGGUAAAAUCCUGGCCGAUUUCGGCCUCCUUUCAAAAGGGGAUGUUAUCGUCAAGAACCCGAGUGAUCUCAUUGAUCGAUACAUUGGCGGCUCAGAACAGAAUACCAAGGAAGCACUUGCAGAGGCAAAGGGCAGUGUACUGAUCAUUGACGAUGCCCACAUGUUGGAUCCCGGAAAACGAAGCACUGGCUCUAAGAAUGGUGAUUUCCGUGGCGCCAUCCUUGACACUCUGGUGGCAGAGGUGACAGGUGCUCCAGGGGAAGACAGGUGCGUCAUUCUCUGCGGAUACUCGGCGCAUAUGAAAGAAAUGUAUGCCAACUGCAACCCGGGAUUUGCGCGCCGCUUUCCUCUCGAUACCGCAUUUGUGUUUGAAGAUUUCGACAUAGACACGCUUGGGAAAAUAUUCGAUUAUAGACUUGAGAAAGAGAAGUUGGUGGCAACAGAAAAGGCAAGGCAGGUCGCCAUGGACAUGUUGAGCCGAGCAUCAGUGCGUCCGAAUUUCGGGAAUGGAGGUGAAGUCGUGAAUCUGAUCUCCAAGGCUAUCAUGGCAAGAACGAAACGGAUGGCCGACAACAUGGAUUUCGGGGACACCAAGGAGCAGACGGCAGACACGGCCGACAAAAAGGUUGAUGGGGAGGAUAAACAGGUCGAACAAAACGAAAAGAGCAGCAACGGGGAUGAGGCUAUCAAAUCCGACCUAGACGAGACGCCUCUCCUGCCAGAGGAUUUCGAUCCUGAUUGGGACCGGAAUACUCGAGCCGUGGCAAACACCCGUGCCCUCUUUGAAGGAUUCAUUGGAUACGAGGAGAUUAUUUCGAAGUUUGAGUCGUAUCAGUAUAUGGCUCAAGGAAUGCGUCUAAGAGGCAUUGACCCUCGCCCAUAUAUCCCAUUUACCUAUGUUUUCAAGGGGCCACCGGGAACUGGCAAGACCAGCACCAGUCGUAAACUGGGCCAGAUUUUCUACGACAUGGGCUUGCUUGCUGCCCCCGAUGUUGUUGAAGUAUCUGCUUCGCAGCUUAUCGGAGAAUACUGCGGCCAGACAGCACCUAAAACAGAGCGUCUCUUGGAAUCUGCCCUCGGGAAAGUUCUGUUCAUUGAUGAGGCAUACCGCCUAGCCAGCAGUUCAGGCUAUGCAGAGGAAGCCGUCAGCGAGCUUGUGGACGCGGUGACGAAGCCAAAGUAUUCUCGGAAACUCAUCAUCGUCCUCGCUGGCUAUGAAGAAGACAUGGAUCGGCUCAUGCGCUUCAACCCGGGAAUGAAGAGUCGUUUUGCUACCGAAUUUACAUUCAAGCCACUCCGAGCCGAGCAGUGUCUCGAACAACUUCGGGCAGUAGUCGGCAAAGUCGGCAUCACGAUCCAGAACACCAGGGAAAUGGACUCGGCCACACGUGGUAACCUAAUGGGCACGCUUUCCCGUUUGAACGGCGAGAAGGGCUGGGCCAGCGGCCGAAGUGUUGAGACGUUGGGCGAGAAGCUCAUUGCGCACAUCUUUAAGGAAUGCGCCAUGAAGGGCUACACCGGGGAUGAGUUGAUAGUCACUGGCAAGGAGCUCAUUACCAUUCUUUUCGGUUCAGUUAUUGCCCGCCAUGGCGCUGCAAGAUUCAAUUCAGGGCCCAUGGGCGCAAGGCAGAUCAAGACUCUCAAGGACUUGGAAGGAUAUGAGUAA